AUGAUUCGAACACGGCACGUCUUCCUGUUUGCCGUUCUCUUGGCUUCUGCUAGCUCACAGAACCUGACACCGGAGACACGAUCUGAAGAACAAUCAUUGGAGGCAGCUACCGAUGAAGAUGGUGAAGAGCAGUGCACAUCGGACAAAACAAUUAUUGAGAAGCUGCUCAAUAACUAUAAAUCGUUCAGAACACCGUCGGAAUCUGGAGUUAUAGUAUGGAUUGAAGUAUGGGUGCAGGAAGUGAACUCUGUGAACGAAAUCACAAGUGACUUCGACAUGGACAUUUACGUCACUGAGCUUUGGAUGGAUUCUGCCCUUCGAUAUGAACACUUGAAUCCGUGCAAGUACAACUUAUCCCUCAACUCUGAAAUCCUCGACCAAAUCUGGAAACCAAAUACGGUUUUUAUCAAUAGCAAAUCAGCAAAUAUACACAAAUCGCCUUUCAAAAACGUGUUUCUUAUGAUUUAUCCAAAUGGCACUGUAUGGGUCAACUAUCGAGUUCAAGUCAAGGGACCAUGCACAAUGGACUUUAGUGCGUUUCCAAUGGAUCAACAGUCAUGUCAUCUGACAUUAGAAUCAUUUAGUUAUAAUAAUCAAGAAGUUGAUAUGCAAUGGAUGAAUUGGACAACACCCUUGUCACUCCUAAAAAAGGAAAUAGUGCUACCAGAUUUUGUGAUGACCAAUUACUCCACUUCUUUGAAAAAUGAGAUAUAUCCUGCUGGUGUAUGGAAUGAGCUAACAAUGACAUUUGUUUUCAGUAGACGUUACGGGUGGUAUAUUUUCCAAGCAUAUAUUCCAACAUAUCUGACAAUAUUCAUAAGUUGGAUCAGUUUCUGUUUGGGACCAAAAAUGAUACCUGCUAGGACAAUGUUGGGGGUCAAUUCUCUUCUAGCCCUAACAUUCCAGUUUGGAAAUAUCAUGAGAAAUCUGCCGAGAGUCAGUUAUGUUAAAGCGCUUGAUGUUUGGAUGCUGGUAUGUCUUACAUUUGUUUUCUGUUCUCUUUUGGAGCUGGCGAUCAUCGGCUCGAUGGGAGCACGUUCUGAAAAUCGGCAAGCUCAACAACAAAAACAACAAGAUGAAGAAACGACGAAACAACAAAAAGGUCGGGAGAAUAGUACAUGUUCUCAUUUAAUAUCUCCAUCGUCUUGUCCAAAUAGUCCGAGAAUAUGUAGGAAUCAUGUUCCAAAUGAUGUACCGCAAUCAUUCAAAAGCUAUGGAUCAACAGAUCCAAGAAUGAGGAAACGGCUAAUUAUCGCUUCUAGCAGUACGAUUUCCCAUGCACCAAAUGCCAACCGAGCUGAAAAAGUGUUACUGCUGGAUGGAUUGGAAGAGACACAGUUCUCUCAGGUUGACACUAAAUACAGUUCAAUGGCAUCGAUAAAAAUGAAAAAGCACUGGACAACUGAGGAGAUUGACCGAAUGUCGAUGAUAGUGUUCCCUGGAUUAUUCACGGUGUUCAACAUCAUCUAUUGGACGUAUUAUCUGACUGUAAACACUUGA